AUGCUUGAAAAAAUCUUAGGAAAAGACCCUGAUGAAGUUUUCGCUUACAUGACAGCACGCAUGCUUAUUAUCAGAGAUCUUCUAAUGUCACUUAUUGAUUGAUCCCUGCAAACACUCAUAGUAGUUUACGUGAUUUUUUAUUGCUUUCUCAUUCUUCAAAGAUACAAUAUCAAGGCCACCUGAGAUGGAUAUAUUUAUUACCGAAUAACUGGCAAAGGCUACUCAGAAACUGAUGGAAUCUACUAUCCAUGGGACCAUGGCGAUCUAGUUUACCCAGAACAAGACGGAAACGGCUUUAAUUUGGGCGUUCACUGCUACAGAGUUGAUGGCCAGCAAAUGGGCUACUGCACAAAUGCUUGUGAAUCUGAUGAUGAUUGCAGUGAUAAAGAGCCAUAUGAGUAUAAAGUUUGCACGGAUAAUGGCUAUUGCAAAAGCCUAACAUGGUGCCCAGACCUAGCUUCUAUAAGUUCCUCAGAGCUAGAUGAAUCCAAAAUUUAUGGAGUUGGGAAUUUCGUAAUAAACCUGUGGGCAGGAAUAGAUUUCCCACAGUUUGAUACAGAUGAAUAUGUGAAUUAUGAAUCAAAAAAGCCUGUAAGUUAUCCAGAAGAGCCAGCUACUAAGUAUACAAUUAAUGAUAUUUUGUCUGAAGCAGGAAUUGAAAGUAUGGAUGAAGUCAGAAAAACAGGAGCGAUCAUUGAAAUAAUUAUUGACUGAAAAUGCAAAACAAAGGAAACCACCUGUGAUCCUACUUUGAGUGUAGCCAGGCUUGAUGGGGCUAGCGAAGACCAUCCUGUAUCUUUUACGUAAAUUCUAUUUAGACGCUCUAAUCAUUAUUAUAAGGAUGGAGUAUUGACACGAGAUUUCAAAAAGUUUAUCGGAUUGAAAUUUAUGAUUAGAUCAGAAGGGCUAGGGUAUGAAUUUUCUCUAUUGCAAACAGUGCUUCAGAUUUCUUCUGGGUUGGCUUUAUUAAAACUAAUGACAACUAUUACUGAUUUCAUUAUGUUAAACCUAUAUCCAAACAAAAAGAAAAGAGCAGCUUUCAAGAAAUUCAAGGUUGAGGAAAGUGUGGACUUCACUGAUAAAGGCAAUAGAAUCGAUUAUAUCAGAUUUUUAAGAGAAAGAAGAGAGAAUCAGCCCAACGAGGAGUAA